UGAGGAUCACUUUAGUGCCGCUACGGUGGUCGCUGAAACGUCAUGUGUGUCCUUUGACAUCCUGAAAGUUUCAGACAGAGGAUGACCCACUGCAGUGACAGCGAGAUUAAUGAGCAGAGCGAUGACAGAGCAGGAAAACUGAAGAAGAACCAGAAGAAGAGAAGUACAGGAGGAAAACAUGUGUCUUUCCCACCUGAUGAACAGAUAGUAUCUGGCUUUGCUGAGCACAGGGAUGCUGAUAGAAGGGCUGACAGCUGCCUCACCUUGACAGAGGUAAUGGAGGCCUACCAGCAGAGCUGCACCAGACACCAGGUCCAACCACGAGCACACGUGCUGCAACAGCUUCAGGGUGCGUGUGUAGGUGGCAGUGUGAAGUGUCUGGAUCUCAAAGGUGAGCGAUUAGACCAGCGCUCCUGUGAAGCUCUGGAAGUCGUCCUGAAAUCGCUGCACUUUGAUUUCAUCAAUCUGCAGGCGGCCCAACUGGAAGAAAAUGGAGCAUCGUCUUUGCUGGAUAUGAUUUUGUACUAUGAAUCUACAACCCAUCUUGACAUUUCUGACAACAACAGUAUGGGAACAUCCGGUUGGAGGGCCCUCGCUCAUUUGAUAAAGCAGAGUGUGUGUCUGUCCAGACUGGACAUUUGUAGCACGCCCAUCGUAGACUACCCAGCCAUGUCUCUGUCCAAAGCUCUGCUGACCAGCCGGCUCACAGUGCUGCACCUUCACAAUGCCCAGCUCAGCGGAAUGCCACUAUUCACACUGGUUGGUGCACUGAAGAUAAACAGGGCUUUGCAAGAACUCCAUCUCACCAACAACUCGCUGAACAGCUACCAGGAUGCACUGCAGCUCGGAGACCUGUUACGCUACAACUCCACUUUAAAGACUCUGGAGCUCAGCAACAAUGCUCUGGCAGAUGCUGGUCUUGAGGAGCUGUGUGAUGGUCUGAGGUGGCAGACAGCAGGUCUGAAGGUCUUACUGCUGAGGAACAACCACAUCACUGCACAUGGCAUGGUCUUUCUCGCCAGUACUCUGCCAAUACUGAAGGUCCUGGAGGUCCUGGAUCUGGCUGAGAAUGUCCUGGAGAACGAGGCGAUCCAGGUGAUCAGGACAUCCCUGAUGGUGAACUGCUCAUUGAAGCAGCUUGGCCUGUCCCAAACCAGAAUCACCUGUGAAGGUGCCGUGGCAUUGGCUGAGGUCCUCGCUGAGAACCAUCACAUUCAGAGUCUGGACCUCCGUCAGAAUGAGGUGAAGGUCGGGGGCCUGAUGGCCUUGUGUCUGGCCCUGAGAAUCAACCGCUCACUUGCUAUUCUGGACUUGGACCAUGUUCCCCCAGAGGAGCAGGAUGAGUUCCUGAUGGAGACUCAGAAGAGGCUACAGUCAGAGAUCACCCAGUGUUGCCUGACCAACGCCAGGCGCUGCGGCCUUGACGUGGACACGUCAGACAUGUUGUCGACUGAGGCCGACGGAGCUGCCGAGAGCAUGGCCACAGUCUGAGAUCUCACACACACACACACACACACACACAGCGAGAGAGGAGGCAAAAUGGCAAACCUUGUUCUCAUCACCUCAGACACACUCACAGAUUCAGUCACAGAGACGGCAGGUCCCACCGUCCCCAGCCCAAAUGGCUGACGAGCAGAUAUAUGCGAAUAAUGAUUCUAUUGCAAAUAAUGAUAAUCAUAAAACUCCAAAUCUGGGUAAUAAAGGCGGAGUAGAGCUCCCUAAUGAAACACCGGCGUCCCCUCUGCCUCCGCCUAAUGUUCCCGUCGAGCCGCUCGCCAUUUUUCCAUAAAGCAAUUUUGCAAGCCCUCUUCAAACAUGAAUCACCUAGAAAUGAAGAAACCCCCCCACCACCACCACCACCACCACACACCCACACCACCACUGUCACCUCCACCCUCCCCUUUGUACAACACUGGCACCAGACUGGUAUGUCUGUGUGCGAGAGGAGAGUCUCAUAAUUAAUCUCAGUCCUUGACUCGCUUCACAAACUCUACCCGGUUAAUGAAGAGUGUUUUACGAGUCCUAACCUUUUCACAUGCAACAGUUAUUGACUCUUUUAUUCCUGUU